ACGUUUGACGGGGUUGAGAAUCAGUAAAUAAACUGCAUUUCUGAAGCCUUGAACAUAAAUCAAAACUCCACAGAAUGAUGUGGGUUUGACCCAGAAUCACAGAACAAAUGGAGCGUGUGGAGAAACGGCGUCUCUCGGCUUCCUUUCAGUAUUUGGACCCAUAUUAAGAGAGGCAUGAGGAAAACAGAAUGGGUUUUCAAGGAUGGCUCGUCAUUCCAUUGUUCUUCUGGGACAUACAGGAGUCGGUAAAAGUGCUUCAGGAAACACAAUUUUAGGACGAACAGCAUUUGAAUCAAAGGCUACUUUCACAUCUGUGACCACCGAGAUAAAGAAAGAAACUGACACGGUGUUUGGCAGAGAGAUCUCAGUGAUCGACACUCCGGGGAUACUGAGUGAAGGUAUAGAGACGGAGAUCCAAACCUUCUGCAAGGAGAACCUGGAUUCCUCAUCCUGUCGGUUUCUGGUUGUAGUUAAAAUAGAUCGAUUCACUAAGGAGCAGCUGGAAGCAGUGAACGCCACCAUCAGAGUUAUUGAACCAUACGGAUUGGACCAAGCGUACUUGCUCUUCACUCGUGCCGAUCAUUUAGCCGGGACAUUGGAGGAGUUUAUCAACAAAGAAAAAGAAUCUCCAGAAUCUCCACUUCAGAGGAUCGUUCGAAAGUUUGGAGGAAGAGUUUGUAGCUUCGACAACAGAAAUGGAGGACCGGAUCAGGUCAAGGAACUGCUCCAGAAGACAGGUAUCCUGUCUGCACCUGAAAGUCUGGAGAAGAGGAAGAUUGUUCUGUACGGACUGAGUGGAGCCGGGAAGACUUCAUCAGGAAACACCAUUCUGGGAUCAAAAAAGUUCAAGUCAGAUUGUGGCUUUGAGUCCAGUACCAAGACGUGUGUCAGCAAGUCAGCCAUAAUAGGAAGUCAGGAGAUCACAGUGAUGGACACUCCAGGUGUGGAUGACAGCAGCAGGUCUCCUCAGGAGGUAGCUAAAGACCUAUUGGGAGCAUUAUGUGGAGAACAUGUCCAUGCCUUGGUCAUAGUGGUAAAGAUUGGUAAACUUUCUAAAGAAGAUUGUAGCUUUCUUCAGUAUUUCCCAUCCAUGUUUGGCCCUGAUGCUUUAAGGUCUACUAUGGUGCUUUUUACUCAUGGAGAUGGUCUGGGAGGUGAGAGCUUUGAGGAGAAGAUCAGGGCCAACAAAGAAGUUUCUCAAUUGAUUGAACAGUGCAAAGAGAGAUACUGUGUGUUCGACAACACCCAGUGUAGCAACUGGCAGCAGGUUAGAAACUUCCUUCAGAUAGUCGAUAAGAUGGUUCAACAAAAUGGAGAACAACCCUGUGACAGAUUAGAGGCCACACCGUUUCCACAACAAGACGACAAUUCAAGGCCCAAACCUUUUCCACAAAGCUCACAGUCCAGGUCUGGAGGAAAUGCUCCAUCUGGUUAUGGGUCAACUGACCCUAGGUCACCAGGUGAAGAGUCGUCAGACGAAAGAAUUUCCAGUUCUUGUUGCCUUUGUCAGUGUCUCAGAUAUUUAUUGUGUGGAUGUUGUCAAUCAGGGCAUGAUGGCUACGAGCCAAUUAAUUAGAGAGCAUUUCAUAAAGACUUUUGCUCCUACUUUAUUAAUUUUUUUAUUCUUGGACAGCUAUGAUACGUAACCAAGCCGACAAGGUAUUGUUUUCCCAGCUGGGAGCCGUCAGGAGCCUGUUAAGAGCUAGACUUGGGGCCCGGCGGUGGCACCAUGAUAGCGAGCUGGAGCCAUGCCUGGAGCAGCUGGUAUGAGUUUGAAUCCCAGUCUGAUGACCUUUGCUGCACGUCUUCCCCUCCCACAGCCCACUUUGUACCACUUGUAGAAAAGCGCAGAUUGAAAAUGCUUGUUGAACGAGCUCAUUGACAGGACCUUCAUUAUUUGACUGGGAGAGGAUUUCUCUCUCUGGUGAUGUAGAACUGGCUUGGGGUUAUUUUGGUUUCAGUUAAAUUGUUGUUGCAGACGGUAGUUAAAGUUUUAAAAAACCCUGAUCCUCCCAAAGAAACCAGAUCCAGAUCAAUUGGAACCCAUGUUUUUAAAAUAGGCAUCUGACAUUGUUUCAGAUUUUUAAUCAGUUUGUUGAUCAAUGUAAUUCCCAAACAUGGGCAAUCUAUUUUUAUUUCCACUUCUAAAAGAGAAGAUCGAACAGUUUUUGACAAUUAUAGCAAUUUCUAAAUGAUCUGUGCCUCCACAAGUCUUUGAGUCCAUUAUUAGUGAACAAGUAAAAGGA